AUGGAGAACUCAACUGAGGUUGUGUCUUUUGUGCUGGCAGCCUAUGGUCAUAUUGGGGAGUUAAAAUACCUGUACUUCAGCCUAAUGCUGUUAUGGUACCUCUCCGUAUUGACUGUCAACACAGUUCUUAUUAUUGUCAUAUAUGUGGACAAAAAGUUACAUGAGCCGAUGUAUAUAUUGCUAUAUAAUUUGUUCGCAAAUCAAAUAGGUGCCAGCACAGCACUGUAUCCUCUUGUGAUGUCACAGAUGUUUUCAGACACCCAUGAAGUGACCCUGCCAUGGUGUUUUCUGCAGACAUAUUAUCUCUACAUAUGUGCAUCGGUUGAGCUUUGCAGUUUAGUAGCCAUGGCUUAUGACAGAUAUGUCGCCAUCUGCUGUCCUUUAUACUACAAUGUCAUUAUGAACACAAGACAAGUAGGAACGCUGAGUGUUCUUGUAUGGAUGUAUCCAUUUAUCAACAGUGUGUUCUCAUUUUCUUUCGUCGUCCCUUUGAAAUUUUGUGGAAAUGUCAUUGACAAAGUGUUUUGUGACCACUACUUAAUAAUUAAACUUGCAUGUUCAGUUUCAGUACUCAACCAAGUAUCUGAUCUGCUUUAUGCCUUUUCAACUAUUGUUAUCCCAUUUAGUCUCAUUUUAAUCUCUUACAUGAAGAUUUUGCCUGUUUGUCUGAACACCUCUGAAGAAAACAGGCAAAAAGCUGUCACCACCUGCACACCUCAGAUUGUCUCAGUUUCCAGCUUGUUUAUCGGCCUCAUUUUUCACUUUUCUGAUUCAAGGUUUGAUGUGGCCCUUGUGUCGGAUAAAGUACGCAUUUUUCUCUCGCUGUUUCUCCUCAUUUGCCAACCUAUGGGCACACCAAUCAUGUAUGGAUAUAAAUUACCGAAAAUAAGACAAUCAUGGAAACGAUUUCUGUUUGAUAUAAAAUAA